AUGACUUCGUUAUUGUUACAAUGUGCUAUGCUAGUCACCUUCUUGUCCGCCUAUUCUUAUGCUACUGGUUAUCUCGAAACAUUAAGACCAGAAAGAAGAUCAUAUAGCGAUUCGUAUGAAGAUAACGACGAUUACGAUUCACGUCGAUCGUAUGAUGAUUCGUAUAAAAAGGAUGAUUACAAUUCACGAAGCCGGUCGUAUGAUGGUUCGUAUAAAAAGGAUGAUUACAGUUCACGAAGCCGGUCGUAUGAUGAUUCGUAUAAAAAAGAUGAUUACAAUUCACGAAGCCGGUCGUAUGAUGAUUCGUAUAAAAAGGAUGAUUACAAUUCACGAAGCCGGUCGUAUGAUGAUUCAUAUAAAACCGAUGACUACAGUUAUUCAAAAGACCGUUCAUAUAAUAAAGGGGAUUCUUACCGAGAUAAAGAUUAUGGAAAUGAUGAUUCCAGUUACAAAGAUCGAUCAUAUAACAAACACCGUUCCUAUGGUGGAAGAUAUGUAGAAUACAGACCAUCACCAUUUCCAGUUCCUGUACCCGUUCCAUUAAUAUUCGGUGCACCUUUUCCAGGCGUCGGCAUUCCUCCUCCGUUUCCUAUUGGCGGUGGAGUGCCUCCAAUUGCAGGCCCAAUCGGUGGCGCUGUUGCAGCCCCAAUCGGUGGCGCUGUUGCAGCCCCAAUCGGUGGCGCUGUUGCAGCUCCAAUCGGCGGCGCCGUUGCAGCUCCAAUCGGUGGCGCUGCUGCAGCCCCAGUUGGUGGUGCGGUAGGCGGAAGUACAAGUGGUAGCGGCACUAAAGACAAUGCGUGUUACAAUAUAAUUGAUACCAGUUAUCCAGCAUUUUCAACAUAUUGUUCGGUGUUACCACAAACAACAUACGUCUUGCCAAAUUGGUUCAAUCAUCAACAAAAAUAUGAAAUAAAUCAACAGCUGGCUCUGUUUCAACCAGCAUUUGAUGCACCAUGUUUCAAACAUCUUCGUAUGUUUAUUUGUCCUUUACUAUUUCCACCAUGUAAAGAGCAAGCGAUAUUACCAUGUGCCAGUUUCUGUAGAGCUGUUCAAAAUCGAUGUUCUGCAUAUGAUCUUUCGUCAAUCAACUGCGAUUCUUUACCAGCGAAAUCUGAGUUUUGUCCAACACUCACCAAUACCGGUAAAUUAUAUUACCCACCCAGUUCAGGAUCGUACGGUUAUGGAAGCGAUACUAGUUAUACAGCUCAACAAACUCCGACUUAUUCAGCUCCAAACAAUUAUGGAACUCGACCAUCCUACAAUUCAGGUGAGUUGUCAUCGGCUAAUAAUGCUGCAGUCGGAAAUAAUUAUGGUGAUCAGCCGUCGUAUGGUUCAAACAGUGGUUCCAGUUAUGCAGCACCACCCCAAAACAAUAGAGUAUAUUAUCCACCCAGUUCAGGACCGAACAGUUAUGGAAGCGAUACUAGUUAUACAGCUCAACAAACUCCGACUUAUUCAGCUCCAAACAAUUAUGGAACUCGACCAUCCUACAAUUCAGGUGGGUUGUCAUCGGCUAAUAAUGCUGUAGUCGGUGGCUUUUCAUCUGGUGAUAAUUCUGCUGGAUCAAUAUACGGACAAGGUCAAUCUGCAUCGGGUUAUUCGGGCAGAAGAAAAAGACAAGGAUCGUAUGGUUCAAAUUCGCCCGAUUCCAGCUAUUCUUCAUCUUAUAAGAAUGCUCCAUCUUAUUCAAACUCGAAUAGUUACUCAUCGUAUGGUUCAAAUGCUUUACCAGAUGGUUCACUUUAUCCAAAUAACUGUCCAACCACUGCUACAAAUCCAUGCACUCCUUCUGGAAAACAGUAUUAUCCAUUGCCUGGUACACCAUCAUGUUAUAUUCAAUGUGCUUUCGAUCGCAUGUUUAUCAAGAAUUGUCCAGCUAAUCUCAUAUGGAAUCCCAUUAUUGACGUAUGUGAUUGGCCAGAUUUUCGAUAUACAACAAGCAAAACAGUAUAUAACAACAACAAUGAUUACGGUGGUCCAUCAAAAAGUUAUUCAAGUCAGUCAACAGGAUAUAGUAACACAAAUCAACAAGGCUAUAAGCAACCAUAUACGUCAUCUUCGUCAACUUAUGGUAUGAGUCCAGUGAACUCAGGCAGUUAUGGACAACAAUCAUCGUUAGUUAGUAGCAGUGAUCAACGAAAUGUACCAUCCCUCGUUCGAUCAUCAUUCUCGACUAAUAGCGUUAGUCCGUGGCGUCGAAAGAAACGACAACCAUCAGAUCGUAAAAAGAGACAACUUAUGGGUCCUUAUGGAUUUGGAGGUGGCCCAUUUCCAUAUGGAGCUGGUUUGGAAGUUGGUCCAAUAGCGUUACCAGGUCCAGUUGGCUUCUCAGGUUAUGCAGGGUUACCAGGUCUUCCCGGACCUGUUGGCAUACCAGGAAUAAUACCAGGUGGCUUCCCAUAUCCACCACCAAUACCGAUACCACCACCAAUUCCGCUUCCGCCUCCAAUUUCUCCAUUACCUCCGCUACCGCUCAGUAUUCCGACAACAUAUAUACCGGGUCCUCCGCUUGGUGGCUUCCUCGGUGGCUUUCCCGGUGGCUUCCCCGGUGGCUUCCCAGGUGGCUUUCCCGGUGGCUUCCCUGGUGGCUUCCCUGGUGGAUUCCCUGGUGGAUUCCCCGGUGGCUUCCCAGGUGGCUUCCCUGGUGGCUUCCCCGGUGGAUUUCCUGGUGGCUUCCCUGGUGGCUUCCCAGGUGGCUUCCCUGGUGGAUUCCCUGGUGGCUUCCCAGGUGGCUUCCCAGGUGGCUUCCCAGGCGGUUAUGGUGGUGAAUUUCUAGGUGGCUUUCCCGGUGGUGAAUUUCUAGGUCCAAUUCCGGAACCGUUUCCAUUUCCAGGAAAUUUUCCAUUAGGAGAGUUUCCAGGUAUCUUCAAUGGACCGUACGGUAUUAAUCGUCGAAAACAUCACCAUCACCAUCACGAUCGAGAUUAUGAUGAUGAUUAUGAUAGAGGAUAUACAAAAGAUUAUGACCGGAGCUACAGAAAAGAUUAUGGUCGAGGAUAUGAUAAAAGCUAUAAAGAUUCUAAUUAUGAUAGAGAUUACGAUCGCUACAAAAAGUCAUAUGAUUAUGAUAAUUCCAAUAACUACAAUGAUAAUUAUUAUAGACGUAAAAGACAAUACAGUACAACACCAACAGUAGCAGAGAAUAACCUUAGCGGACGUUUACCACAAUAUGAUACAACAGAGAAAAAAGUUGAAAUUCCAAUUCCAAUUGAUAGCUCACCGUGUAUGGGUAAAGCAAGUCAAGUCAAUGUAGCCCAUCCAACGGAUAAAACAAAAUAUUUAUCAUGUUUAAAUGAAGUCAAGUAUGAAAUCAUGGAUUGUGCAAGUGGUUUAGUAUACAAUAGUGCCAGUGAUCAAUGUGAGAAGACAGAUGUAGAGAGAUUGUGCGCAUCAAAACCGUGCAUGAACGAUGGUCAAUGCUAUGAAACAUCACCAACGGAAUACAAAUGUACAUGUCGAGAAUUGUAUACUGGUGGUAGAUGUGAAACGCCAGUUAGUAGUUGUGUCAAUGAACCAUGUGGCAAAGGUGCCGAGUGUAUUACAUUGAAAGUAGAAGAUUAUUCACAAGAUUAUGCAUGUGUUUGUGAUGAACGAAAAUCGUAUGGAUUAACCUGUGAUAAGAAUACUGUUCCAAAUCCAUGUAUGACCAGUAAUGAUAAACAAUAUUUCCCGUUCGCAUUUAGUUCCAGCGCCUAUGUUCAAUGUAGUGGUGAAAAAAUUUAUUUUCUUCCAUGUCCAUAUAGUUUAUACUGGAAUCAAGAAAAGGAAACGUGCGAUCGUGUUGAAACAAGUCCAGCAAAACCGGCCACCGAACAACUAACUGUAACCUCAGCUGUUAAAAAACCAUUGAUUCAAUAUCAAUCACCACUAUCUUCAAGUGAAAGUAUCCUUUUCGCACCUCAACGACUAUCAAAUAGCCGACGACUAUCAACAAUUCAACAAUAUUCAUCUGGUCAACCAAAUAGAGUGAAUUCAUAUUCAAAUCGUCCGCUAUUAGAUCAAUAUUCCGGAAUUAUUCCACAACGACAGCAACAACAGAUAAAUUCUUAUGGCAGACAAAUGCAAAAUGGUCAAGAACGUUCGCCAAUGUAUCAGCAAAAUUUUGUUCAACCUUCGAUUCAAUCUUUGUCACUUGACGAUCAAUCACAACAGAUUGUCGAUAAUCGUAUUUUAUCUAAACAACAGCGACCAUUAAAUAAGUAUGAACAAGAGUCCAAUGGUGGUUCGAAUAACAAUAUUGUUUCAAGACCAAUACAGCAACAAAUAAAUAGCUAUGAUGCCAAUCAGCAAAGACAACUGUCAGAUAAUUCACAACGUUUCAUGUCACCAAAUCAACAAACACAAACACUUAGUAGUAUGAACAUGUAUUCAAAACGCCCAUCAUUUGCUGAUAAGACUGACUCAUUUUCCAGUCAACGAAGACAACCAUCGAGUUAUGGAUAUGGAUCAUCUGGAAUUUCGCGUCAAAAUAUUCAGAACGAUAUUGUCUCAUCACAACCUGUUAACUCACGAUUAUUGAAUAAUCAAUAUCAACAAUCCCAGCCACAACAAAAUGGCUAUAACAAAAGAAGAAGACGACGACAAUUGCCAUAUCAAACAUCACAAUUCUAUUCCAGAUUGGCACUUGACAACCCACGAUGGAAUUAUUUAUCCGCGCCCAAAUACAAUCCAAUGACUUUAACGCAACGAGCGUGGUUACCACAGAAUUACCAAACAACGGCAUAUUCAAAUAUGUACCAACCAGCUAUUGUUCCAACAACAGUUGAUCAGACACUUCCAUUAAGUUUCGCCGAUCAACUAUGUCAAGGCAGAGCACCAGGCAGUGUAAUAGUACAUCCAUCAACAACAAGAAAAUUCAUUUCCUGUAUUGAUACGGCUAAAGGUGUUGAGCAAGAUUGUCCAAGUGGUUUACAUUACAAUUCAUUAGCGACAAGAUGUGAAAGAAAGCCUGAUACCCUUGAGCCACCAUGUUCCUCGAACCCAUGUCUCAACGGAGGUCAAUGUUCAGAAGAUGGACCAUCAGUAUACAAAUGCAACUGUGUGGAAGGAUUCAGUGGUGUACAAUGUGAAAUUGACAGUCGUGCUUGUAAUCAACAACCAUGUGGAACUCAAGGAUUGUGCCAAGGAUUUCGAUAUGGUGCCGCAUUACCAUACGAAAUUAUCUACGAUCCAAUCGAACGAGAUAUGAUGCCAUUAUAUACUAAUUCUUAUAUAUCUAUUCUAGCAUAUCCAAAUCCAUGCGGUAGCGAUGGAACACGUCCUCUUGGUUUCACAGAUAAGGGUUUUAUCUUGUGCGAUGGUAGUCAGUUUUAUAUUCAAUCGUGUCCAGGUGAAUUAGUUUGGGAUAAUUCCAUCCAGACAUGUAUAAGACCUGGUACUCAGCUUCAAGAUCAAUCUCAAGGAUACUAUUCAAAAGGCAACAUUCAAGUGCCACCACCUCAAUAUGGUCAACUAUCUGAUCUAACACAACGACGAUCAGGCAUCGAUUCAUAUUCAGCUCCACAAUACUCGAAUCAACGACUAUCACUUGACUUAUCAAGUCAACGAAACAGUGAUUAUGGAGAGAAAUCACCCCGAGAACAACCACUGCACAGACGAAAACAGCAAAAGAAACCAACUUUCAUCCAAAAAGAAAAAUUAUUCGAUGAUGUGACUUCCUAUUCAAGUCAACAACAAGUGCCCACAUCUGAACUAUCCUAUGGUAUUAGUCAAGUCCAGCCAUUAGCCGAUAUCAGCAUCCAGCAACCAAUUGUCAGUUCUGGAUACGGUUCAUCAAAGCAACUCAAACAAAGCGACAUGCGAUUAUCUAAUGAUCUCGUUGGCCCAUCAAUAAGUCAGUAUGGCAGUCAACAAUCUUAUAGUGGUAGUCAAGUCCAGCCAUUAGCCGAUAUCAGCAUCCAGCAACCAAUUGUCAGUUCUGGAUACGGUUCAUCAAGUCAAUUCAAACAAAGUGACGUGGGAUUAUCCAACGAUCUCGUUCGCCCAUCAAAAAGUCAAUAUGGCAGCCAAUCUUAUGUUAGUGGCAAAAUGCAACCAUUAGCCGAUAUCACCAUCCAGCAACCAUUUGUCAGUUCUGGAUAUGGUUCAUCAAAUCAAUUCAAACAGAUGAACAAGGGAUUGUUCAGUGAUAUUGUUCAACAACAGCAAAGUCUACCAACUUUUUUAUUAGAUUUAACUCAGCAGAGACAAUCACCUGAUGAUGGAUAUAGCAAGUAA